CGCGCCCAAAGGGCCUGCAGGACUGGUUUGGGUUAGUGAAGACCGCGAACUUGCCAAGGCUGGAUUUCCGCCUGUAGGAAUUUGACAAUUUGCGGCCCUUUCCCGCCCCACCGUUGUCAGGGGCUCUGCUCUUUGCUGUAGUCGGACUUUCGUUGUCCUCAGGGUCUGGAACGGAUGAUGAGCGCCUUUGGAGCACAGGAAGAGCCCUCUUCCCUCACCGCUCCAGCGGCAGUCUUUUUUUUUUUUUUUUUAAGGAAUCUGAAACUGCUUUUAGAGGAGGAGGCAUAGAAAUGCCACCAACUGAAGGAGGCCAGAACAUAAUUUCUGUAUUUUUGUUACUGGAGUUAAUAGCGGAGAAAAGAGCUUUGGGGGCUUUAUUUCCCAGUCUCUCCAGCUUGCUUGCCUAACUUGCUUGUUUGGUGCGCCUCUUGGGGGGUGCGGGAACCUAGUGCCAUCUUAAGCUUUGGGACAGACCUUUCUUGGCUCGGUCCCAGCACCCCCAAAAUGAGGAGAGGGCUUUCCUAGGUGAAAGGGUGCAAGCGAAGUCCGGGACCUCUCUUUAGGACCCUCCAGAUGGUUUUGGAUUGCAGUUGUUUGGAGUCCCGUCUGCCCUCGCCACUGAGUCACUAUGCUUUUGAAUACUGAUCAGAUAAACCUGAUUGGACAAGUGUUUGAGUCAUAUAUUUUGGAACAUCACAAAAAUGAUAUUUUGCAGAUUUUGAGAGAAAAAGACGAUGAUGCUCAUUACUCUGUGGUUGUGGAUGCUCUGACACUUUUUGAGACCAACAUGGAAAUUGGAGACUAUUUUAAUGCAUUUCCCAAUGAAGUCCUGCCUAUUUUUGAUAAUGCAUUGCGGAGAGCAGCUCUCACAGUGUUUCAGUCAGUUUCCCAAGAUCAUGACUUCACCAUUAAGCAGAAUCUCCAUGCCAGAAUAUCAGGUUUACCUGUUUGCCCGGAACUAACUAGAGAGCACAUUCCCAAGACCAGAGAUGUCGGACACUUCCUUUCGGUCACUGGCACAGUUAUUCGUACCAGCCUAGUAAAGAUCCUGGAGUUUGAACGGGACUACAUGUGCAACAAGUGCAAGCAUGUUUUUGUGGUGAAGGCUGACUUUGAACAGUACUACGCUUUCUGCCAUCCAUCAGUCUGUCCCAACAAAGAAGGAUGCAACUCUUCUAAGUUCACUUGCCUCUCUGGAACAUCCUUUGCUCCCAGCAGCUGCAGAGACUAUCAAGAGCUCAAGAUUCAGGAGCAGGUUCAAAGGCUAUCUGUUGGAAGUAUUCCUCGUUCUAUGAUGGUUAUUCUUGAAGAUGACUUAGUUGAUAGCUGCAAAUCUGGUGAUGACAUAACUGUCUAUGGAGUAGUAAUGCAGAGGUGGAAACCCUUUCACCAAGGUUCACGCUGUGAUGUAGAAAUAGUCUUGAAGGCCAAUUAUGUCCAAGUAAACAAUGAACAGAUGGCAGGAAUUUUAAUUGAUGAAGAGGUCCGCAAAGAAUUUGAAGAUUUUUGGAAAAAAUAUAGGCAUGAUCCCUUAGAAGGGAGAAAUGAAAUUUUAGCAAGCAUGUGCCCUCAGAUUUUUGGGUUGUAUCUUGUGAAGCUGGCUGUAGCCAUGGUGCUUGCAGGGGGUGUGCAGAGAACAGAUGCUGCAGGCACGCGAGUUAGAGGUGAGUCUCAUCUUUUACUAGUUGGAGACCCUGGAACAGGAAAAUCUCAGUUUCUGAAAUAUGCAGUAAAGAUUACCCCAAGAUCUGUACUUACAGCAGGAAUUGGAUCUACAAGUGCAGGUUUGACAGUCACUGCUGUGAAAGAUUCUGGGGAAUGGAAUUUGGAGGCUGGCGCUCUGGUGCUGGCUGAUGGGGGCCUUUGUUGUAUUGAUGAAUUUAACAGCAUCAAAGAACAUGACAGAACCAGCAUUCAUGAAGCAAUGGAGCAGCAAACCAUCAGUGUGGCAAAGGCUGGCUUAGUGUGCAAACUGAAUACAAGGACUACUAUUUUGGCAGCCACCAACCCAAAGGGCCAAUACGACCCCAGUGAAUCUGUCUCUGUGAACAUAGCCCUUGGAAGUCCUCUUCUUAGCAGGUUUGACCUUGUCUUGGUAUUGCUGGAUACAAAAAAUGAAGAGUGGGAUCGCAUAAUUUCUUCUUUCAUAUUGGAAAACAAAGCCUGUCCAAGCAUAUCUGAAAAACUCUGGUCUAUGGAAAAAAUGAAGACGUACUUCUCCCUUAUAAAGAACCUGCAUCCAGUGGUGACUGAGGAAAGCAACCUGAUCCUUCUCCGCUAUUAUCAGAUGCAGAGACAGAGUGAUUGUAGAAACGCUGCAAGAACCACUGUCCGCUUGUUAGAGAGUUUGAUACGGUUAGCUGAAGCACAUGCUCGGUUGAUGUUUAGAGAGACUGUAACCAUCGAAGAUGCUGUAACUGUGGUUUCAGUGAUGGAAUCCUCUAUGCAAGGAGGUGCACUUCUUGGAGGUAUCAAUGCAUUGCAUACGUCCUUUCCUGAAAAUCCAAUGGAACAAUACCGAAUGCAGUGUGAGCUGAUCCUGGAGAAGCUGGAGCUGCAAGACCUUCUGUGUAAAGAAUUAGAAAGGAUCAACAGAUUACAGAAUGAACAUUCAAAUCACCUUCUGCAGCCCGAAGAACCAUCUUUAAACAACCACUCACUGGGGAAGUCUGAGCAGAUGUCUCAUCCUCAACGUUCAGACAAAACGGAGCAUAAUAUUGAGCUGCCACUUCCUGUAGCCAAAAUAAACCCUGAUACCCAUCCAGGAUCCUUAAGCAGCCAGAUACCUGAUAAUAGCACAGUAACAGAACGGUGGGGCCAACAGAGCGAGAGGAGCAAUGAUAGCAGCUUGAACUGGUUUGAUAGCUUAGCAGAUGACAGUAUUGAAGCUGAGAAGAAUACUUACAAGUCUCUUGUUCCAAUAACAGCUCCAAACAGUCCACCUUUGAAAGCAUCAAGGAACAAAGCUGGUUCUAAAGAGAGAAGUGACGCAAGAGAAGCCAAACAAGUUGAGAUAGGGGAAUCACCACCACCAACAGCCCCAGGAAAUCCUUGCAGACAGGCCAUUUCUCAUCUGGUAGUAACAGCCAAGAGUACAGUGUUGCCUUCAGGAGCAACGAACCAGAAAUCAAAUGCAACCUGCCCUUCCUCAUCUGAUGGAGUGAUUACCCAAAAAGCCUCUAAGAAAUGGCAGAGAGUUCGGGGAUUUUGCUCAAGUACACCAGAUCCUAAAGCGGUGAAUUCCCCAACUUCAUUGUCUUCUCAUUCAGUAGCUGCCCCUCAGUCUCCUAUAACGGGCUUGUAUGCUUCUCCGUCUCGUAAUAUAUCUUCAGGGCAUCAGGAAUUGUUACGUUCAACCAGGAAGCGAAGUAGGGACCAAUCAGAGAGAAGAGAGCAGUACAGUGAACCUGAGAUCAUUGAGAACUUGGAGUCUGCACCUCCUAAACUAGCUAAAUUUUCCUUUAGGCAGAAGCCAAGACUUGUUCAUGCUUCCAAAAGUGAGGCUCAUGCCAAGUUACCACAGACUGCUUCCAGCCUUCCUGCUUCUACCAGAAAUGAAUCAACAGGAGAAAAGCAAGGGGGGGAAUGUUCUGAGAAGUACCAGCAAGAACAAAAUGCUGAAGUCAGAAAUACGAGAAUACAAGAUCCACUCUGUGAUAGCAAAAGAAAGGAGGAGAAGAAAGCUGUUUCAUCCUCAAAACAGACAGACACUGGAGCGGAAAAGUUGGACAGUCUGAAGACCAAAAAAGUGUGCUCCAGUACACUAGCAAAAUUAGCCCGAUUUGCAUUCACGCCACCCCCUGAAUCCAAAGGAGAACCUCUUUGUCCCCCGAAUGUCACCAGCCGUAAUGAGGACAGGCAGAGGCUGAAUCCCCAAACUGAUACUGCACGCCUCACAGGGAGGCCCUCUGAAUUGGGAAAAGGUGAAAUGGUUACAGGCAAAUCCUUGUUCUCAAUAACUGAUUUUGAUGAUGCUUUGUUAGAUUUUGAUUGGAAUGAAGAGAUCAAGAAAAACCCCACAUCUUAGAACAUAAAUUGUGCUACCUCAUCAGGAAGAUACUCUGACAGUUUUAUAAGUUUUUGCUUUUGGCAAGAUGGAAAACAAAAAUGACGUGUAGUUUCAUCUUGCUGAAAAUAAUAAGCAACCAAAUGUCCUCUUUACAGAUGUUGCCUGUGAUGGUGAAAUUAUUAUGCUUUAGAAUCACACCUUCUGUACUUGGAACAUGGUGUUUUUAGAACACGCAGACUUUUAUCCUCAAACAGAAUAAAUGUACUGAAGUGAGCAGGGUAACUAUAGAGUGGUGCUUUGAGGAAUCCAGCAGGUCAGAUGCUCUUGUCGCUGGAUCUUUUCAAAAUACCUAAUUCUGUUUAUAGCUCAGUAGCCCAUAUUUUGAUAAAAUUGAAGGGGGAAAUCUCCAAUAAUGAUUCAAAGAACUUAUUUCUGUCCUGCAGUCACUUUACUACAUGCUUGCUCAGUCCCAUUACAUUCAAUUUGUCCCUCUUUCAAGUAAAAUCAGAAACAAAUUAGGAGCUUUCAGGGAAAUUAUAUCAGAUUUUUUUUCUUCCAUGUUCCAUCCCAUGUUUGUUCCAUUACUUUAUCAGAGACUGGCCCCGUCGCAUACUGGUUUUAGGUCUAUCGCUUUCUUGUUUCCUUUACACUGUGAAUUUGAUCAUAUUGUGUGACAUGAAUAAUGUGCAUUUUCUUGUAUCUGGUGUAGUUUUGCAGCUCUCCAUGCAAAGCAAAUGAGCAGACUCUGUUCGUCUAAUAAAGCAGAACAA